AGCAUGGGUGUGGGAGCGACGUUCGGCGAGUCUGUGCUGUGGGACGCCCCGCGGGAGGCGACCGUGGUGACGCGCUCCACCUGCGAGCUGCUGAGAGUCGAGCAGCGCGACUUCAGGCUCAUCUGGGAGAAGAACAAGGAUUUGAUGGGAGAUCUUGUAAACAGCAAUAAAUUAAAGAAUGGGUUCGGGCCGGGCAUCAGCAAGACGCCGCCCCCGCAGCCGCAGUCGCCGCCCCCAGCCGCCUCCCGCCGCCCCCAGAGCCCUCCUGCUCCCAACGCCAGCGGCCCCAUCACAGAGUUGCUGAAGAAUAGAACAGACCGAAUAUGGAAAAUUCGUGCUAUUAUAUCGUCGUAUAUGUUCAGCCCAGUUCACCUGGUAAUUCACUAG